CACCAUGGGGAGGACCUUCUGCCUGUGUACUGCCGGCUACGAGCUGGGCUCCGACUGGAAGACCUGCCAAGACAUCGACGAGUGCGACAUUGAAGACAACGCGGCGGUGUGCCCUGGGGAGUGCGAGAACACCAUUGGCUCUUACGUCUGCGCCGAAACUUCCCAGCGAAGUCCGGAGGGAGACGAUCCUUGCGAGCCAGGAUAUUUCAGAAACGUCACAGGAAUUUGUGAAGACGUGGACGAGUGCACCAACGCCACGGUGGACUGCUCGCACGAGUGCGUCAACGAGCCAGGGGGGUUCCAGUGUGCGUGCCCGGCCGGCUUCGACCUCGGCGACGACGAGAGGACCUGCGAGGACCUGAACGAGUGCCUGGAGGAGGACCUGGGGCCGGACACGGGCUGCUCGGACGUCUGCGUCAACGACGUGGGCAGCUACCACUGCGAAUGCCUGGGCGGCUACGAGCUGGGCGCCGACGGCAAGCUCUGCGCGGACGUGGACGAGUGCGACCAGGACCCCGGCUGCAGCCACAUCUGCGUCAACGACGCGGGCAGCUUCCACUGCGAGUGUCCCCUGGGGCUGAAGCUGGAGGACGACCUGAGGACCUGCGCGGAGGAGGACCCUUGCGCGCCGCUCGGCUGCUCCCACGAGUGCUCCAAGACCUCCGAGGGGCACAAGUGCAAGUGUCCCAGGGGGUACACCCUGGACGCCGACAAGCGGACCUGCAGGGAUGUGAACGAGUGCCACGAGCUGGAGAACAACGAGACGAACCCGCCGUGCUCGCACGACUGCGUCAACGAGGAGGGCGGCUUCAGGUGCACGUGCCCCGCGGGACUGGUGCUCGGCGCCGAUGGGCGCGUCUGCGCGGACGUGGACGAGUGCUCCGGCGGCGACGACGACAUCGACGGGACUCCCCGGGCGAACUGCUCGCACGAGUGCAUCAACGAGUACGGCAGCUUCAAGUGCUGGUGCCCCGCCGGCCUGAGGCUCGCGGACGACAGGACCACGUGCGAGGACGUAGACGAGUGCCGCGAGAGCGAGAACUCCACUUGCUCGCACGACUGCGUCAACAUGCACUCGAGCUUCAAGUGCAUGUGUCCUCCGGGCAUGGUCUUGCAACAAGACCUGAGGACGUGCGAAGACUUCGACGAAUGCUCGUCCGAACACAACUGUUCCCACCAGUGCAUCAACGAAGUAGGGAGCUACAGGUGCGAAUGCCCAGACGGGUACACACUUUCAGACGACGAAGCUACUUGUGAAGAUGUCGACGAAUGUGUUGAAGACAACGAAGUAGACAGGUGCUCCCACGAAUGUGUGAACACAGAAGGAAGUUACAGGUGUGAAUGUAAGUAUGGGUUUGUUUUGGAUCCUGAUGGACGGAUGUGCGCUGAUGUAAACGAAUGCCUAGUCAAUAACGGUGGGUGUUCUCAUUUGUGUGCAAAUACUGAAGGGGAAUUCAUAUGUGCUUGCCCAGAGAACUACGUGCUUUCAGAAGACAACAGGACUUGCAGUGCAGUUGUCACAUGUGACUUUAACAAUGGUGGCUGCUCUCACUUUUGUGCAGAGAGUGAGGAUGGCGUGACUUGCAGUUGCCCUGAGGGUUACACCUUGGCCGACUAUGACGACAAAUUAUGCAAGGAUAUUGACGAGUGUGACCUGGAGCAUGCAAACUGUUCUCAUAAGUGUAUCAAUACUGAUGGCAGCUUCUUUUGUGAGUGCAGUACGGGUUAUUUUGUCAAUGAAAUCGACCGCAACCUAUGUGAAGAUGUUAUAGAAUGUGCGAAAAAUAAUGGUGGUUGUUCCCACGAGUGUGUAAAUACAAUCGGAAGUUAUUAUUGCAGAUGCCCUCCUGGUUUAGAAAUAAAGGAAGGAAAAAGUAAUAACUGCUCCGAUGUUGAUGAGUGUGAGCUGGACAAUGGUGGAUGUUCACAUUCAUGCAUCAACACUCAUGGUAGCUACUAUUGUGAGUGUCCUGAAGGUUACCAACUGUCUAUUAAUGACCCAUUUACCUGUGAAGAUGUAGAUGAGUGCAGUGAUCUGAUUAGUGGUGCCCACAAUUGUUCACAUACAUGUCACAACACGGAAGGUAGCUACACAUGUUCUUGUAGAAAUGGUUUCGUCACAUCUGAAGAAGAUAACGGAAUAUGUGCUGAUAUCGAUGAAUGCUCAUCAGAAGAUAACGAUUGCAGUGACUUGUGUGUGAACACAGAUGGGAGUUUCGAGUGUGCAUGUCCUUCCGGCUACAGUAUUGGCAAUGAUGGGAAAACAUGUGCAGACGUUAAUGAGUGUUUAGAUGAAAACGGCGGUUGUUCAGACAUUUGUUUAAAUUUAAAUGGAAGUUACAAAUGCGAAUGCCCCGAAUCAAAGUUUCUUUCCCAAGACCAGAAGAUUUGCAUUUUCAGUGAUCUGUGUUCUGAAAACAAUGGCAACUGCUCUCAUUUGUGCUUAACAGUAAAUUUUACAGUCCAAUGCUCUUGUCAUAAAGGAUUUGCCCUUUCAAGCGACGGAGAAUCCUGCGCCGAUGUAGACGAAUGUUUAUUUCAGAACGGAAGGUGUUCGCAUGCGUGUGAAAAUACCGAAGGAAGCUUCGUUUGCAGCUGCUCCAAAGGUUACGAGCUGUCAUCGGACGGACGCACCUGCUCCGACACAGACGAGUGCCGAUCAAGGGAGAACAAGUGCUCCCACACCUGCAGAAACACCCCAGGGAGCUACGCCUGCAGCUGCCCGGAGGGAUACGCACUGCUGGAGGACCGGACGACGUGCGCCGACCAGGACGAGUGCUCGGUGAAGAAUGGAGGGUGCUCCCAAGAGUGCGUCAACACGCCAGGGGAACACCACUGCUCCUGCCGACCAGGCUACCACCUCGACGCGGACAACGCGACCUGCGUCCUCACCGACUCCUGCUUCCUCCUGGACGGCUGGUGCUCGCACGACUGCGUCAACACCGCGGAGGGCCCGCGGUGCUCCUGCCCGGGCGGGUACGUGCUCGGCGGCGACCAGAGGUUCUGCAAGGACGUGGACGAGUGCUCGCUGAAGAACGGCGGGUGUUCCCACACGUGCGUCAACACCCCGGGCAGCUACGAGUGCAGCUGCCCGCAGGGUUUCUACCUGGCGCACGAGGAGAGGAAGUGCGCCGACCAGGACGAGUGCUCGGUCAAGAACGGAGGGUGCUCCCACACGUGCGUCAACACCCCGGGCAGCUUCCGCUGCGAGUGCCCCCGGGGGUGGCAACUGCGUGGCACCAGGUGUGUGCGCAGGAACCCCUGCCUCGAGGGCAACGGCGGCUGCGACCAGCUGUGCCACGACAAGUCGGGCCGCGCCAAGUGCUCGUGCGAGGCCGGGUACCGGCUGAGGGACGACCGCAGGAGCUGCGAGGACGUGGACGAGUGCUCGGGCCGCCACGGCUGCCAGCAGCUCUGCGUCAACACGCCGGGCUCCUUCCGCUGCGGCUGCAAGGACGGCUUCCGGCAGGAGAACAACACCUGCUUCGAUAUCGACGAGUGUCAGACGGCCGUGUGCGAGGGACGUUGCGAGAACACGGUCGGGUCGUUCUACUGCCAGUGCCACUCUGGUUACAAGCUGGAAGGGGGAGUCUGCAUCGACAUCGACGAGUGCGCGCUGCUGUCGCCUUGCAAGGAGAAGUGCGUCAACACCUUGGGGUCGUACCGUUGUCUCUGCGGGGCCGGCUUCACCUACCGCGGCGACGAAUGUGUUGACGUGGACGAGUGCGGGCGCUCCAACGGCGGCUGCAGCCACUCGUGCGUGAACACCGCGGGCUCCUUCACGUGCACGUGUCCGGCCGGCUUCAGGCUGAGCCACAGGUCGGUGCCCGCACCUCCUGCGUUUGUGUCUUGUGGCCAUCGUCCGUUAUAAGGUUGUCUGUAUUAUUUUUAAACGGUCCUGUUUAUUUUAAGUACAAUUGUAAUCUAUUUUCUAAGCACAUACGGUAUUAUGGUAUUUUAUAUGUUUUUAUAUAUUACAAAUUUUAGCGUGGUUUUUAGGAACUUUCAUAAAAAAUUUGUUUUUGGUGAUAGCCUGGAACAUAUGGCACGUAAGUGUUGGAAAUUUCACUAUUUUUUUUAUCGACACUACAUGUUGCUACUCCUACAAUUUAUUUGCUCUUCUAAAGUUUUAAAAGUGUUUUUUUUUUUUUCCCUCUGCAAUGUGAGCAUCCCUUCUGAUGCGAGAGCGGGUCUGGAACCUUGUAGCGGGUUUCAGAGUUUGUUUGAAUUUCGACUUGAUGGUAGCGCCUCGAGUUGUAACGACACACAAAUAUCUUGACAACUUUUAUUUAAUUUUUAAAUCAUUCUAGUUCAAUCAGUCGAUAAAAAAAUCACUAAGUGAAUGUAUGCCAGGCAUUUCUGUUGUAUAGUUUUAUAUGGUGAAUUAACCCCUACUAUCUUCAACUUUUAACAGUGUAGGAAGUCGAAAUACGGAGUAUUUUCUACGAGGAUUCAGCUAUAUAAAAUUGGGAAGCCUUCAUUUCACAGACGAGAGAGCCACACCCGAAGUUCCCCGAAGUUCAUGCUCGCUUUUUCCCCCCCGUACAACCAGUGUAUUUAUUUGGUAUGUAGCUUACUCAUACAUCAUACGCCGUUCUAUCUCAUUGUAUAAACAGGUGUAGCAUUAAAUUUUGCGGUCGAUUAGGAUAGGUUAGCUACAUUAUAAAUACUUUAAAACACUGUGGAUGGUUGGUUAUAUUAGGUAAGUAUAGCUACAUUAAAAAUACUGUAAAAUCAUUUUAUGGUUACUUAGCAAAUAACUAUCAAAUCAACCGUCCACAAUGUUUUAAAGUAUUUAUAAUGUAGCUAACCUAACUUAAAUGACCAUUAGUUAUCAUGAGUUGUCCAAAAUAAACAUUCACGGACACACGGAAAAACGAAGAAAAAAAAAUUAUGGUGGCGUACAAAUAAAUACCGUUGCCUUGUUUUUGGUCUUUCCUUUUAUCGACACGGCCAUAUUUAUUCACAAUGAACCAAAAAAAAAAAAAAAAAAAAAAAA